UCAUGAUCUCCACUUUAUCCUCUUCAUCCUCACGACUGGUAUCUUACCACCAUCACCGAUAUGGUGGUUAUGUCUUCUCCCGCAGCAUUACCACCGUAUCUGACAGAACGCCACCACAGCAGAAACACCAUUGGUUUAUGUCAACUCAAGCAAAUCUUCUAGAUACUACCAGCAGCUAUAAUGAAUCACACAUGAAGGAUGAUGAACGGGAUGCCAUUAGAGUUGAAGUUUUUUCCAGAGAACACAUAAAACCAUCAUCUCCAACACCUCAAAACCUUAGAUGUUACAAGCUUUCCAUCCUUGAUCAGGUCGAAGCCCCUAUAUACAAUCCCUUGAUGUUCUUCUACAAGAAUCCUACUGAUAACGAUAAUAAGAAUGUAGAGGAAGCUGUCAUACAGGCUCGAUCAAAUCAUUUGAAGCGAUCAUUAUCAGAAACCUUAACCCGAAUCUACCCGUUUGCUGGAAAGGUAGCUAGUGAGCUUCAUGUCGACUGUAACGAUGAUGGCGUGUAUUACGUUGAAACAAGAGUUGAUGAUCGGCUCGAUAAUGUGCUUAAGAAACCGGAUAACAAUUUUUUGCAACAAUUGAUACCAGUUGUUGAUUCGAGUGAACAAGUUUUGGGAUAUUAUGUUUCAAUGGUGCAAGUUAAUCACUUUAAAUGUGGUGGUGUUUCUAUUACCGUGCAACAUAAUCAUAGAUUUGCAGAUGGACGUAGCAGUAUGAUAUUCAUGAAUACUUGGAGUUCGAUAGCCCGACAAGAUCCUAAUCGGGUUUAUCCUAGCUUUGUGGGGUCUUUGACGUUCCCACAAAAUCCGCAGUUGCCAUUUUCACCAUACAUUCCGAUAUGGUAUUUGAAGACUUCCCCAGCUUUUUUAAAGCAUGGGAAAUCGGCAACUACAAGAUUUGUUUUUAAUGCUUUGGCCUUGCGGGAACUUAAGGCCAAAGCAUCUAAACAUCAGCCAGUCAGCCGAGUCUUGGCUGUACUUGCUAUGCUUUGGAAAUGUGUUACAGAUGUAACACAAUCCAAACCUUCUAUUCUACAUCUUCCGGUCAACAUUCGGUCAAAAUGUUCACCAAAGUUGUCUGAAAACUCAGUUGGAAAUGGUAUCAUGGGAGCAUACGCAAAGUUCGAUUCGGAUAGUAGUAACCCUGAAGUAGCGUCUAUGGCCAGUCAAUUGAAGAAUGCAAUAGAGGCCGUUAACGCUGAAUCUGUUGAUAAACUGAGAAGCGAAAACGGAUAUGUUGGGUUCGUAGAAAGCUUGAGAAACUCCCAAGAGGCGUUUUCUGAUUACAAAACCGAGUAUUAUAUGACAUCGAGUCUGUGUAAUCUUGGAACUAAGGAAGCUGAUUUCGGAUGGGGAAAGCCGGUAUGGUCAUGUAUUGGUAGCCAGCUGAAUGAAGAUGUUCCCAUCUUUACAAACAGGAUCCUGUUGGUGGAUUCUUGUUGUGAUGAGGGAAUUGAAGCUUGGGUGACACUGGAAAAACAGGUGAUGGAUGAUAUUAAGUGUCAUCCUGAGCUUCUAUCAUUUGCUUCAGUGAAUCCAAGUCCUUUGUAGUCAAAUUUUUAUUCAUGUGUUUUCAUAUUUCUAAACUGUGUACAGGUGUUAAGUUUGAUUAUCAUCUUUUUAUGUACUCUUAAAGUUUGAAUAAAC